AUGUCCAAACAAGAACAACAACAACAACACGCAGAAGAUGAUGAAGAAUGGGCCGAUAUUGAAGACGAGGAAGAAGUACACGAACAACAACAAAGUGGCCGUGGUAGGGGCCUCUCUAAAGAGGAUUACCAAGAAUACGAUGAAGAUUACGAUGAAGAAAAAUUCGAGGCUGAAUAUCAACAAUAUUUGAAGAGUUUGAAGAAAUCGGAAAAGGCAUCUUCCGAAAAACAGUCUUCCAAUCAAGAAGAAGCAAAACAGAGUAAGGAUAAUCAGUCCUCCUCCUCAACCUCAGCAUCAUCAUCAGCCACAGCAAUAGGAGGUAGUGCUGGAGAAUCCAAACAAGGUACCACCAAACCAACGCACCACCUCCAUAGAAGACAAAUACAAAAACCAAGAAGAUCAGAGUCGAGCCCACAACAAGACAAUGAUGUCAAUCAAGAGAAGGCAAAGACUGAGCCAUCUACUUCCUCUGCAUCAUCAGCAACAACUGCAGCAAGCACCUCUACCUUGAAUCCAAAUGUAAAAUCCUUCCAACCAAGAAAACAAAAUGAGCAAGUCCAGACCCAUGAGAGACAACAGCAGAGACCUUCUUUCAAACAACACAAACCUCAAACUGAAGCAAAGAAGCAUCGUUCGGAGAGUGAUACCAUUGAUUUUAUUAAGACUUUGAUGAGCAAGCUUACUUCUGGAUUUGACAAACUGACAAGUCAGGUCAGUCACACACCACAAAGCUAUGAAAGAACACGUCAUCAUAUUUUCAAAAAGUUUUCCUUCUACAAGCAAUCACCAACAAUGCAACAAGCUUGGGUUGACAUUUUGUAUGAACAAGCUGUUGAAAGAGGAAUUUAUAACACGAUUGGUAACCUAUUGAAAGAGCAACUUGAAGAAAACGUGUCUCAACUGGAAGAUGUUGUUAUUGCAGAUAUCAAAAAGAAGCUCUUAACUACUUGUCAAAAAGGCUUUAUGGAACAAUUUAACGCCACAGACAGUUCAAAGGCUCUCGAAGAAGAAUAUCAAUACUAUAGAAGAAGAUGUAACAAUAUUUUAUUUAUCGCAAAGCUUGUAUCAUGCUUGGUUGUAGACACGUCUAUUGGAUUUAAAAUAAUGGAAAAGUUGUUAGGCACUCCCAAUGAGCUGAACAUCAGACUCCUCACUCUGUUCUUACCUGUAGCAGGUACAAUUCUUGCAAGAAUGAAGCACAAAAAACAAUUGGACGAAUGUUUUGAAAAAAUUAGGGAUAUCAUUGACAAGGAAGAAAAACUUCCCAAAAUUCUUAAAUUUGAGCUACUUUCUUUGAUUGAGCUCAGAGAGAAGCAUGAGUUUAAUAACAUUGACAAGGGUCUGAUGAAUUUGCAACGAGAGCUCGGACACCUUAAAGAACUUGAAGAGAAAGAUCACAAAAUUAAUGAGCUUGAGAGUUUGCUAACAGAGUGGGAUACCUGGUAUGAGGAAGAGUAUGGUUCGAAUUGGAAACAACAGUUAGAUAACAAUGGUAAGCAACAAUCCAAGGAUCGUCAACCACACUCUAACAAACAACAACAGCCAGCUCAACAACACUCUCCCAACAAGCAGAACUAA